AUGGCUCGAACUUCCUCUGGUGAGACCGCAGCAACGUCGGUUGCAAGCGAAGAAAAACAAAACUCGAUCACGGCCUUGUGUACUCUGGAUAUCUCUACUAUCAAAAUAGAACCUCAUGAUGAUCUCGGUAUUAUUAUUGGUAAUAUUCCAUAUAGGUCAUCUCUUACCAAAAUCGAGGGUGUAACUAUCGAUAAGUUCACCCAAUGGAUCGAACCACCAAAAAAGCAUGGUAGACUCUUUUUUUACAGCUCCGAGUAUGAGAUACUGAUCGUUAAAUACCCAAUAUCUCUUGUGCAUGAGAGGCUCCAUGGCGAACUCUACGACAGGCUUCGAUAUCAAACGUAUGGCACUUCUCUUUUCAACGAGAUGGUUGGAUAUGGGUCAACAACAUACUUUCCGGAACGGUUAUUGUGCAAUAAUAAGCAGACAAUAUUCCUAAAUAAUGACCCAAUGAUUUCUGGAUCAACUACUGCCGGAGAAGGAGACUCGAGCCUGGGACUCAUGGUUGGGAGCAGAAACAACGGUUGGCCUACUAUUGUUAUAGAAGCCGUCUGGUCACAGAGUAAAGCUGCUUUGGUGGCCAAGGCAAACUGGUGGCUUGAGGCUUCAAAUGGCGCAGUGAAAAUUGUGCUCUUGGCUAUUGGAUCUCCGCUUCGAAUUCAAAUUGAGAAGUGGAAGGCCAGCCCUAUACCGCCAAGCCCUACAGCACCAAGCCGACCGAACACGCGCCUUCACGCCGCUCUCCUGAGAGAAGCCGAACGCCCAAAGGUGUAUCCACCUAUUCUCAUGAUCGAACGAUCAUCAACUGAUACACCGCGAAACAAUUACAGGGUGAUUGGAAGUCCCCUGCGGUUGGAGUUCCGCGAUGUGCUGCGCCGGGAUCCAGUUCCUCCUGAAGGGGAUUUUCUACUGCAAGCUGAUGAACUUCAGGCGUAUGCAAAGGCUGUUUGGAAUGCACUCCCAGAUAACGAUUCUUAA